AAAAAAAAAAAAAGAAAAUCUAUCUUCUUCAUUCUUUAUGUAUAUAUAUAUAUAUAUGACGAUUCUAUUGAAUCUUUGAAGUGGGUAUUCAGAAUUUCUCCUUUUUAGAUGGAGAAAGUGUGUUUUCUUUUUGUUUCUGCUUUGUUCUUUGCCUCUCUGUUUCAUGGAAAGAUAGUUAAAGCUAGAACAAACCAGGAUGGAUCGGAAUCAUGGGAUUAUGUAGAAGUUAGACCAAAAGCUCAUAUGUUUUGGUGGCUUUACAGAAGUCCUUACAGAGUUCAAAAUCCUUCCAAGCCAUGGCCAAUCAUUCUUUGGUUGCAGGGUGGACCUGGAGCAUCAGGUGCUGGUUUUGGAAAUUUUGGAGAAAUCGGACCUCUGAAUGUUAAUCUGAAGCCAAGAAAUUCAACAUGGUUAAGAGUGGCUGAUCUCUUGUUUGUGGAUAAUCCAGUGGGUACAGGAUAUAGUUUUGUGGAGGACAAAAGCUUACUUGUCAAAACUGAUGAAGAAGCAGCAACUGACUUAACUACAUUAUUACAAGAAGUAUUUAACAGAAAUGUGAACCUGCAAAAGAGUCCUUUGUACAUAGUAGCGGAGUCUUAUGGAGGCAAAUUUGCAGUAACUCUUGGAUUAUCAGCUCUAAAAGCCAUUGAAGAAGGGAAACUAAAUGCUAAACUUGGAGGAGUGGCAUUGGGAGACACUUGGAUCUCCCCAGAAGACUUUGUGCUUUCAUGGGGUCCUCUUCUUAAAGAUGUCUCAAGGCUAGACAAAAAUGGCUUAGAAAAAGCAAACAGUCUAGCAGAGAAGAUUAAGCAGCAAAUAAGCAAUGGCCAGUAUGUUGAAGCAACAGAUUCUUGGGCUAAACUUGAAGGAGUAAUAAGCCGAAGCAGCAAUUCAGUUGAUUUUUAUAAUUUUCUUUUAGAUUCUGAAAUGGACCCAGUAUCUCUAACAACAGCAGAAUUGUUACAAGGAAUAGCAAUGAAGAGAUAUAAGAGAUAUCUGAACUCUAUUAGGUCAACUCCAGGUGGUGAUGGAGAUAUUUAUAGCUUAAUGAAUGGUGUAAUUAGAAAAAAGCUAGGGGUUAUCCCUAAUAAUGUUUCAUGGGGAGACCAAUCAGAUGAUGUUUUUGAUAGUAUGGCUGGUGAUUUUAUGAGACCAAGAAUUAAUGAGGUGGAUGAGUUGCUAGCUAAAGGGGUAAAUGUGACAGUUUAUAAUGGGCAACUUGAUGUAAUUUGUUCAACCAAGGGCACUGAAGCAUGGGUUGAAAAACUCAAAUGGGAAGGGCUUCCAAAUUUCUCGAACAUGGAUAGAACUCCUCUCUACUGUGAUGGUGAUAGACUUACAAGAGGAUUCACCAAAUCCUACAAAAACUUCCAUUUUUAUUGGAUUCUUGGAGCUGGUCACUUCGUACCAGUAGACCAACCCUGUAUAGCAUUAAACAUGGUGGGAGCAAUCACAGAUUCACCAGCAGCAGGUUCUGCAUAGAAAAGUCUUAGCUACGGACAAACAAACGAACAAUAAACAGAACGGGAAAUCAAGAAAUGGGUUUGGUCAGAGAUACACUAUACAAAACCUGAAUCAACAAGCAAACAACCAGUACAUAUAUGUAAAAGGGUACUGCACUGGGUUGAUCAAGAAAACUUGCUUUUAAUAUUUAUCAUGAUAUUUCAUUAAGUUAUUACAUUCAUUUUUUUUCCCAUCA